UGUUUAUUGUCAACAAAAGUCAUCACAAGUGCGUUUUUGUGAACUGAUUUCAAUUUAACAAAACCUAAGUUAGAAAGAUGCCGAUCAAAAUAUACAAAGUGGAUUUAAGCCCUCCGGCACGUGCUGCAAUGAUGGCUUGCGAAGUAAAUGGCGUCACCGCAGAAAUGGUGGACGUAGAUCUCGGAAACGGAGAACAAAAGACACCAAAGUAUUUGAAAAUGAAUCCACUUCAUACUGUACCAGUAUUAGAAGAUGGAGAUCUUAUUAUAACUGACAGCAACGCUAUAUUGAUAUAUCUGACGGAAGUUUAUGGCAAAGAUGAGACUCUAUAUCCAAAAGACCCGAAACAAAGAGCGAUGGUGAAUCAAAAACUGUUCUUCAGCGGUUCUAUUUUGUUCAACAGAUUGCGUAAUGUAACGUACUAUGUUAUAAUAGAAGGAAUGAGGGUUAUACCACAAAGACUAUAUGAUGAGAUAGAAGAAGCCUAUGGUUUCUUAGAGGAGUUCCUGUCUCGUAGCAAGUUCUUGGCCGCGGACCAUAUGACUAUUGCUGAUAUUGCUGCUAUAGCAAACGUUACCGCACUCCGUCUCAUACUUCAUCAUGACGAGAAAAAAUAUCCUAAAACUGUGUCAUGGAUUAAAGAAAUGGAAAAACAACCUUUCUGUAAGAAAUACAAUGCACCAGGAAACGUCAUGUUAGGGAAAGUCUUCAAUGAGAAAUUAAAAAGUUAAUUAAGUUUUUUUAUUUUAAUUUGUUUACAAUUUCUCAUAAUAUCACGUUAGAAUAUUGCAAUCUUAUUUUAUAAAGAUGGAUGCAAUAUUAUAAGUUGUUUUUUUUUUAAUUGU